AUGCAUAACUUUGUAAAAUAGACUGCAAAACUCUUUCCAGAGCUACAUUAAGCAAAACCCUUGAGAUGAUGAAAACUAUACCUGAUUACUUAGAAUUAUAGUCUCUAAAAUGCCUAAAAAAUUAUUUAACGAAGAGAAAAGUCAAGUUAUUGAAGAGAUUGAAAACUAUCAACAAUUUCAGAAAUUCUCAGUAGCAUUAGCAUGGUGAGCAAUCGAGAAAGGGCUUGUGACUACAUUAGAACAUCCCAAACUUUCUGAUUUUAUUCAGAUAAGACUAUUUGAGAAACAGAAAGAAUCGAUCAGAAAACUUAAAAUUCAGUAUGCGAAAAUUUACGAAAAGUAUUGAAAUGAAGAGAAAUUGGACAAGAAAAUUCUCUCAUCAAAAUAUUAUGAGAUAUGAUUUUGAAGAGCAAUUGAUGGUCCCUAUCCCAAAAGAAUAUGGAUCAACUUUGAAGAGGAUGAUGCUGUAAAAAUAUCUCAAUCACUAAAGAAAUAUAAGCAUCCAAGAUGACAGGCAAUAUCCUUAUACUCAGUGAAUAAAAAGUCUGAGGUAGUAAAAUCUUUACUCAGAAGAUUCUUCCCUCAGCAAGUGAAAGAAUUCAAAUUCUGCUUAAGCUCAAGUCCUCAUCUUCAGGAUGCAUGAUCUGAAGAGAGCAAUUUUAAGAAAAUGAAUAUUGGAAGAUACUUAAAAGAGCUAGCACAGGUCCUACCAAAAGUAACCCACCAGGUUGCAUUUGGGUAUUUUGAAAUUAGCCAGAAGCAGUUCAAGAAGUUGUUAUAUUUGUGCAGAGAUAAAGAGAAAAUCAUUUUUGAUCAAUGCAAGAUCCAUCUUCAUGAAAUACCUAGCCUAUCUAAAGCAUUUAAAGAAUGCAAGAUCAAGACUAUCGAUUUUUAUAGAUGAGGAGUCAGUGAGUUGGGAGAUUGGAAGAACAAUCUCCUGCAUUUUGAUAAUUUGAUAAAUGGAUUAUCUCAGUCAAGAAAUCUUCAAAAUAGCCUGAACAAAAUUUGGCUUUAUGGAAGCUACGUUUCAAAAGAAAAUAUCAGAAAAGUAUUCGAGAAGUAUCCUUUUAAAAAGGCUAUAGUUACUCCACCUUACUACUAAUUCUUGAAAUUUGAGAGAAUAAUACCUGUGCUACUUUAAGAUAAUA